AUGAAGGCUGGCGCGGCCGCCCUGGCAGCCGGGAUCCUCGGCGGCACCGGCGGGUUGCUCUUCCUCGUUGCUUUUGGGGCGGCUUACUGGCUUUUUGGCGGCGUCUUCGAGCGUGGGAAUAGCACUCUGCGGACCGGGCAGGCUGAAACACCGACAGAGGUCAGGAAGGAGAUCCUCACUUUCCAUCACGAGGGCUUCUUCUGGCGGUGCUGGUUCUUUGGUGAGGGCCAUCCGGAGACCAUCUGGACCUUCUGGUACACCAGCCAAGCACACCCCAAGUUCUGCAUGCAUGGCUACCUCUUUCCCAUGCCCAUUGCGCUUGGACCUUUCCCCCAUCCUUCCUACGACACGACUGCAGUGUACAGAGGCUUCUGGACGGCGUUCAUCCUGCUGGCCGUGGCCGCCGGGCUGGUGGGAGGGCUGCUGCUGGUCUGUGGCGUGCCCUUCGUCAGCCCCCGGUCCUACAAAGUCGGAGGAGGAUUCCUCCUCGCCUCGGGAGGCUUAUUUCUCCUGCUCAUAUUUCUCUUCGUGAUGUGGAAGGAGUUUGCCGCCGAUUUUCAGAAGUACAUCCUUCUGGAGAGAAGCGAGAAGUGCGUGGAUGACGUACCCGUGCACGUGUAUUACGGGUGGUCGUUCAUGUUCGCCGCAGCGGGGGUGCCCCUGGUUUUGCUUUCCGGACUCCUCUUCUACGUGGUCGGCAGAGACAUUAUGAAGUCAUCGGAGUAA